AUGGGUGCGGCUGGCUGCACGGGCGCCCCAACGUGGCUCUGGGCACACGGGCUGUCCAACACAGCGAAAGAGGCGGAGUUGCUAGCCGCCAUGCAUGCAGAGCAGAUGGCGGACCUGCUAGGAUACCACGUCUUCACCCUCCCAUCAAAGCAGCACAAGCACGCUGAGACAGCUCGCGCGGCAGGCCGUUACGCGUCCUCGCCGAAGGAUAAGGAUAGUGGCCCUUCGACAGAGAAGCGUAUGGCGCAGUGGCCCUUGCCCUUGAGGCGCAUCCUGACAGACGAGGAGACGGAGGGCGGGGAAUGGCAUCUUGUGAACACCGCGCCCUCCCUUCGACACUACAUCUCUUCGGAACAUACAUUGCUUUCGCCGUGCCUGCUGGAUCCCAAGUCGAGACUCAGGAUCGAGGCUCUCUUCGCACGUGCUCCUCGUGGCUGCCCUUCGUUUGCGCAACAGUUGAGUGUGGAAAGGGUGCGCACGCUGACGGCGAGCAGCGCGGCAGACGGCGGCGAAGAGGCGAUGGUGGCGCGACUCGUUUUGCCAUCGCAGGUGACGGGUAUCGCGAACCCCUCGACGGACCUCGUCGCCUCUGGAAAGGCGAUGGAGCGAGCAACAGCGGUGAUUCUGGCCUGCAUGCAUGCAGAGCUUCUGCUGGAUGCUGUGGGUGUCACUAUAUUCGACGACCUGGCGAUGCAGAAGGCCCAUGCCAUGGCAGCGUGGAGCUAUGGACGCCCUGCUCCACUACCAGGCAUGAGGCCGAAGAAUCCAUUACACGUGCACCUUCCACAGCCGCUGAAGGAGCUCGUCGUGAGGACAGCAGGGAACGGUCGCGCUCGCACGUCGUCGAGAUCGGCUGAAGAGGACUGGUUUCACAGGCAUAACGUUGUCACUGAGCAAAGUGGGAGCUUCGUAGAAACCGUUGUGGCCGAGUCUACUGCGGUGGAGGACAUUACUGCGUUUCUUCACACUCGUGGUGCCAUGCGGGCCGCCGCCCCAUUUCUGCAGGUAGCAAUCGGUGCUCGAGUCAAGUCCACAGUGUUGCUGCCCUUGCCGGAUCUCUAUGGCAUUCGCGGCGGCGUGGGAAUCGCAUCGAAUGCGCAGGACGCUAACACUCUUGCAGCUAUGCAUGCGUUGGAUGUGCUGUGCAUGCUCCGUGUCCCUGUAAAAGCUGAGACAGCGAUGGACAUCGCAUGGAAACGUGCUCGCCGUGAGCGCGUUCCAGACGUUCCCUGCGAAUCGGCGGACGUCUCCACGCCAAGUCCUCCAGCACGCCGCUGCACCGCCAAGAAGCUGAUCAAACAGGUCGCUGUAGUUGCAGCGGCCUUGUCCGAGGAUUUUGCGUCUGUGGGCGAAGAGCAGACAAAAUCUUGCAACACCGUCAGCACACCCACACCGUCGCGGUGCCGUGCGGUGAAGCGCGCGCGACUUGCUACGGAGGCAUCUGCACCAGACGAUGAUCUCUCGAAGGCGGAGGCGAAAGCGACGUUGGACUCGACUCCGCCGAAAGUGCCCGUCUACGGGACAGCAAAAAUGGCGGACGAGGAACGGCUGUCCGCCGUGCGGGCUGUGGUGCUGAAAGAGUUCUGGGACAUGGAGCCAGACACCCCUGACGGGUACAUUAUGGUUGCCCCGGGUGUGCCGGAAGGAUCUGCGGUAGCUGCGUAUGCGAUUACAUCCCCGCGCAGGAUGGACAAGUCGGCCAAGAGGCGCGUGCUAGACUAUUUGUCAACCGUCGGCCGUCGCCUCGACGAUGUCAUCGUCGUCCGGCAAGCCCUCAGCGAGGACGAGACGGAGGGUCGACCGCGGCAUCGAUGUGCGCUGAAAGUCCCGCUGCCGGCCGUUUGCGGGGAAGCGCGACUCGCGCUAGGCGAGGCCGACACAAUCGCCGACGCCGAAAACGUUGCCUGUAUGCACGCGGAGCUCAUUCUCGAUGCACUCGGAGUUUGCCUCUACACCGACCUCGUCAAGCAAAAGCGGCAUGCUGAAGCGUGCGCGCAAUGGGGUCGUUGGGCACCAUCGGGUCCUGGCGAGGAGCAGCCGAGCAGCACAUCAUCCCCGCCGCCGCUGCGCCGCGAGCACCCUGGCUCACUGCACUGGGAGCGCCAGAAAGAGCAGAACAAGCGACGAGGCCACAGUCUCGGUAAGACACAAGGGGUAACAAAACAGUGGCUUGCCGAGGAAGGGGACCGCGAGAAGACCGCGCGUCUCCGAGAGUCUGCAGAGACAGCAAAGACGGACGCACCCACGUCAGAGGCGGCGGUGGUGGACGCUGAGGCGUUUGAGUACGUGGUGGAAUCGCAACUUGACACGGUCAGCAAGUACCGUGUGCAAUACUACUUGAGGUACGAAAACCUUAAAGCGACACCGGUCACAUUCACAUCCAACAUGGGGCACAGUGUGCUCUUGCAUGUAGCGACUUGGUCUCUUCCGAUGCCUGCCCGCUACGGCAGUGAGUCUGUGGAGCAGAAGCGCCUCGAGUACAUUGUCAAGGGUGCUGCCUCGACCCGGAGAGAUGCGGAGCUGCUGUCGUGGAUGCAUGCAGAGCGCAUGCUGGACUUUCUCGGCAUCCCUCUCUUCCCCAACCUGCCCAAGCUGCAGGCUUAUCACGCCAAACGUGCACAAGUGGAGGGAAGGGUUGCCCCAGCUCUCAUCACGGGCACAACGGCACCGCUGCCUCACCCCAGCGAAGUACCUUUGAAGCCACUGCGACUGCGCAUGAAGCGCUUUAACAUUGAUCUGACGGCUCCGCUGCCGCCGUGUCCAUCGACGGACACCGAAGACGGCUCUUACGUGACCCCAGGUGCGUGGGAAGCAUACGUGGAGGCGUGUGCUGCGUACGUGCUUGCGAAGCAGAUGGCGAUCAAGAACUGCUUCUACGAGGAGCAGCGGGUACCGCGGACAGGAGACGUGGUGAUCGAUGCCGCCCUCGCGGAGGCGGAGGCAAAGCCCGUGGAUCCAGAUGCCAGAUUGCGCCUCGCUGCGUACUGCCUCACAACGCUCAAGAGAUUCGUCCCACGGUACGACUCAUAUCUGGUCGGCCCCAUGCAUCACCGCAUCACCUACGCUACUAUUCCACUCCCUGGCUUUGAGUACCUACUAGGCCGUGGUGUGGGACACAACAAGGUGGUGGCCCAGCGACGAGCCGCCAUGCAUGCCUUGGCCAUUCUGCGGCGCGUCGACGAGUCCUAUGACGACAAGUUUCCUGCUGUCGCGGCGUAUGUGCAGAAGGUGAACAGCGACAAGAAGUGGAAGGAGGAUACUCAAGCGGUCGCUGACGGCGAGUUUGACCUCGACACCUUCAGCACUCUACCCCUCAUCAACGCGGACGCCGAAAGCUCGCUGACAAAGCAAGAAAAGCACCACCUCAGCCGUUUUAGCUCUCUCUUCGUUACUCAGGCGGCUUGGUAUUCCAAACAACAUGUAUUCACCGUAGACGGCAAAAAGCGUGCUGUUUGCCUCUACACAGUGUGCUUUGACUUGCCGCCACCCGAGGAGCAUCUGCUUGUACGUUUGCUUCCGAGGGAAGAGAGCGAGAUGGCGUUCACAAAGCCUCCCUCUGCAGGUAAUCUUAAGCUCGAGAUGGAAAGCGUUGUGGCGACGCAUCCAGAGGCGAAUCGCGUGAAAACGGGGGCCAUUUUUUCCGCGCGUGUCUCCAUCGUCGAUGAGGAUGGUCAGAAAAUGACAGCCAGCUGCAGUGGUGGUGGAACCAGGGACAACAUCCUCAGCGCGUACGAGAAGCUGUUCUUGAUGAUGGAAGGACAGGUGCCGGCCAUGAAGCUCAUUGUCGAUUUGCUAAAGCUGAACCCGUACCUUCUGCCAGAACUAAUUCCGUCGCUGACGAUUCCUGAUGCGGUGCAGCAGCGAAUGCAGGCGUGCCUGCAGAACCAACAAGACUUGUCCGCAGCAAUGCCGUGCUCUGGGGGCACGGCGUCACUGACAAGCCACCGAAAAAGCCUCAAUGAGAGCAAUGAGAGGCUAACUGGCGGUGGCGGGGAGAGCUGCUCUACUAGAACGCAGCAGGCCGCCGACAAGGAGACGGAGGAGUCUGCUCGCCUUCUUGAACAACUACAGCGGCGCAUCACAAACCCCGUAUACCUGGAGAAGUUUGCGACCAGGCGUGCCGAGCUGAGCAUUGCCGAACACAAGCAUGAGAUUCUCGAGGCCAUCCGCAACAACCCCGUCACCAUCAUCUGCGGAACGACGGGCUGUGGCAAGACGACACAGGUUCCUCAGUACAUCCUCGACGAGGAGACCUUGAAGGGUAACGGGGGGCGGUGCUCCAUCAUCGUUACGCAGCCGCGGCGACUCAGUGCAGUUUCUAUUGCGCAGCGCGUCGCGGCGGAGCGGCUGGAGCCGCUUGAGGAGUCCACAGGGUACAUUAUCCGCUUUGACGCACGCAAGGGCCGACACAUCACGUUCGCCACAUCCGGCCUGCUUCUUCGCGUGAUGCAGACGGACACGCUGCUUGACGACUACACUCACGUCAUCAUCGACGAAAUUCACGAGCGCGACAUGAACUCCGACUUCAUCCUGAUGCUACUGCGGCAAGUGCUGGAGAAGCGGCGCGACAUCCGAAUUGUUCUGAUGAGCGCUACCCUGCAUGCCGCUGACUUCCAGGCAUACUUUGGCGGCGCCCCGCUCAUUCAAGUCGAGGGGCAUGUCUUUCCGGUUAAGGAGUACUUCUUGGAAGACCUUGUGCCGUUCGCGCGCGAGCAUAACUGCUUCACGCCCCUCCUGAAGGAGGCGGCCUGCGUUGCGGAAAGUAGUGAGCACAAAGGAUGCAACGCCUCCGCGCAGCCAGAUAUUGGUGUCACGCAUGCCCCCAUCGUGGUGUCGGGUGAGGACUGCGCGACGGCCUGCAUCCCUCGAUCGCGCUACGGCUUCCUCGAAGCAUCGACGCCGGUCGACUACCCUACCAUCCAGUUCGCCAUUGAGCAGGCGCUCCGCAUGAUUGACAUCACUGAUUCUUCCAUCCUCGUGUUUCUGUCGGGGUGGGACGAGAUCCAUAAGGCGCGAGAUGUGCUGGAGCGCAACACGUCGUACUAUGUUUUGCCGCUACACUCUGCGGUGUCGGCUGAGUCGCAGCUGAAGUGUUUCUUGCCACCACCACCCGGCAAAAUAAAGAUCAUUCUCUCCACCAACAUCGCUGAAAGCGGCGUGACAAUCGACGACGUUGGCGUCGUGAUCGACACGGGCCGGAUGAAGCAGCUGGGGUACGCCACGCGCAUACGCACGUUGGUUCCAAAAAGUGACCCACAGGGCUACGAUUCGAACCGUGUCGAAGACACUCCGACCGUGGUAUCACCAUCUCUGGUGCCAGAGGAAGCACAGGGAAAAUUUUCGCGCUUGAUGAGCACCUACGCCAGUCGGGCAAACUGCGUACAGCGCCGCGGUCGUGUCGGUCGCACACGCCCUGGCCUUUGCAUUCGUCUUUUCUCGCGCGAACACUUCCGCAGUUUGCACGAGUUCCAAACGCCGGAGCUUCUACGCACACCCCUGGACAAGCUCUGCCUCACCAUCUUGAAGCUCGAGGUCGGUGCUCCUCAGCAGUUUCUGAGGACGGCGAUGGAACCACCGCUCGAGUCGGAGGUGGAUUGCGCCAUGAAACGACUAUACGACCUCGGCGCAACCGACGAGGGCGGUCAGCUCACUCCGCUAGGGCACCGCCUCGCGAAGCUCCCAGUCGAACCGACAAUCGGCAAGACUAUUCUGCUCGGCGCCGCAUUCCGGUGCCUCGACACGGCCCUCACCAUCGCCGCGACAACCGAAAAGGGCGUCUUCACUCGCUCGUUUGAUGCGCGCGUCUCAUCGCGCCUCCACCGCGAGGAUCUUUCGUGUAACACCCUCUCAGACAUCCUUGCCUCCGUGAACGGAUACAAUUAUUGGGUGUCGCUGCUUCGUGAACGGGCGCACGGACAGGUUGCGGAGCAGAUCAGGGCGCGUCAGCUGAGCGUCCCGGCGCUCAUGCAGGCCACUCAGCUGAAGCGGCAGUACUGCAACCUGCUCGUGGAUGACAACUUCAUCGGUGAGGAGUCAAGGGUGCCGACGUCGAUGCACCGGCGUGGAUUCACCAGUGAGGACAUUGUGUUCAUCGAGUCCUCUGAGCAUUCGCGCAAUUCGAUGGAUGUUGGUUUGUCGAAGUGUCUGCUCUGUUCGAACGCGCUUCCUAAAGUCGCGAUGGUUACGGGACCACAAGUGUUGCGCACCUUCUUUGAGAACUACAUUGCGAUCAUGAACGACAGUGUACUGAAGAUGAGCAAACUGACCCAGGAGUCGAAUCCUUUUGUAAUCUACGAUGGACUCAUGAAAAUACCGGAGAAGGAGACGCUCAUGGCUCAUCAUUUAACCUCCGUCUCCCUCUGGUCUGUGCUGCUGAUGAGCACGCGUGCCACCCGAACGGACUACCAUCACGAGCUCAAGCUUGGCGUUGUGAGCGGCUGGAUCUUUUUCCGUUCGAGCUACUCCACGAUUGAGCUUGUGCGGCAGUUCAAGGCGCUUCUCGACCGCCGCCUUUCUCACAAGUUUGACGAUCCGAAAGACGCGGUGAACAAUGCCCGGCUGGACGAACUGUGCGAGAUUGUACAAGAGCUUGCAAACAUGCGCUACCACCCGAAUCGCCUGCAGCCCCAGUCUGUGAUGUGGGGUGAACAGGGGAAAAUGAUCUCGCCCGACAGCAACGUCGACGACGAUGCAGUAAAGGAGACGAGCGAAACGGAGCUUGAAAGCUCUAAGGCGAGCGACGUAGUCAAGUAA